AUGUUCAACUGGAAGUCCCCAAAGAUCAUUCACCAGAGGGAGCAGUUAGGGCUCGUUAUCCGAACGGCGGAAAGGCUAUACAAAAAGGGCUUCCGGCCUCGCCCAUAUGGGCGGGAUAUCGACGAGCAUUUCUACAGGUCAGACCGCUUCAACGACGGCCCCGAAUUGUCUAUUCCCGGUGGACUGGGUCUUGGUGACACUAUUGGCAUAAUCAACUCCUUCGUUGUUGGUGCAUCCCAGUCCAAGAAAGCGGCAAUGCAAGCCCACAGAGACACAAAACUUUGGUUAAAAGCCGUCUUCUCUCCCACCCCUUCCGCUCAACACGCAAAUUCCAGGACAUCAAAGACGUCUACCGCAUAUCUACUCAAAAGUCGACAGAGAUUCGCUAUCCCAAAAAUGACGACCAACCCUGGGGACUACUCUUCGCCGGAUCACUGCAUCGCCGAUUUCUGCCUGAUUCCGAUCGGGACUUCCUCUCCGUCGGUUUCCGAGGCCAUCGCUGACGUUGAGCGUCUGGUCGGCAACUCAGGCCUGAAGUAUCUCAUGCAUUCCUGCGGUACGACAGUGGAGGGUCCGUGGGAUAUGGUCUUCAAGCUGAUCGGCCAGGCGCAUUCGAUGCUUCACAAACAGGGAAUGGUGCGCGUCCAUACGGACAUCCGAGUUGGCUCAAGGGUUGAUAAGAAGGAGACGAUAGAGGCCAAGGUCAAGGUCGUGCAGGACAUACUGGCUCGCGAAUCAUAA